AUGGCUUCCACUCUGCGAGCCGCUCACUUGGCCUCACUCCAACAUGCCACUGGAGAUCAACCAUCUAUAUUUGAUAUUCUUUCACAAGAGAGCCUUAUGACAUCUUUAAAACCAGCAGUUGGACAUCUCCUUAAGUUCCUAUCGAUCGUGUAUCCGCAUCGGUUCCAGACCGCAAAUAAUUGCUACGACGAACUUUAUUUACUUUUUGAUCUCUUGCUCCAGAAUCAAUAUCUCAAAAAGUAUGGAGCUUCGUUCUCGGAGAAUUUUUAUGGAAUGAAAAGGAUUUAUCAGUCAUCAGGUUCGCUUCCGCAUGAAUUCAAUGCACGUAUUCGUUCUCUUAUUGUUCUGGUAUUGUGGCCGUACGUUCGUGAUAAGCUGGACAAAUGGCACGAUAUUUGGAUAGAUAAGAUUCGCUUCGCCACCAUGAGAACAAAUGCACGUUAUGUCCUUUCGCUACAAACAGCAUUAAAUAACUGUGGAUCACGUAAAAAUGACUUACGGAUGAAAUUAGGGCGAAUAUUUGUCCGAUUUUGGCCUUUGAUUAAAGCACUCCUCACGUUCACAACAACAGUGUUACAGCUGGGGUAUAUAAUAAACCGUUCAACGGUUCACUCACCAUUCCUUUGGUUUGCUGGUGUUCGUCUGGAAAAGUUAACGGCUGAAGAUUUGAAGUCAUUUGAACGAAUUCCUAUGCAUCUUCAGUCAUCAGGGAUACUAAACCGGUUAUGGCGUUUCUUCCUUGCUUUACCUGGGAUCUUUUCUCGACUAUUCGGUUAUGGCUUAUUUUUCGUCCAGUUUAUUGACUUCAUAUAUAACAGCGACUUUGGAUCGCAGCUUAAAAAGAAGACUUUCCGCGGUCGAGUUCCUCCAGCUCCUCAUCGACUUUUAUCUGAGUCGAGUGUACUGAUGCUGGAAACAAAUAAAUGUCCAUUAUGCAUGCAAAAAAGGACGAAUGACACAGCGCUGUCGGUAUCUGGCUAUGUAUUUUGCUAUUCUUGCAUAUAUAGCCAUGUGGAGCAAUUUAAAGAGUGUCCAGUAACAGGAUUGCCAGCCACGACAAAUGAACUUAUACGGCUUUAUAUACGUUGA